ACAAACGGAGGAGAGGCAGCCGAGCGCAGGCAGAGUCAGCAUCCUGACAUUUUGUAAAAAACAUAUUUGUGGUGAUGCAGACCUCCAGGAGGAGUGAGAGUGACUGGCAGGGGCUGGUCAGCGAGUUCUUGGUGUGCAAGCGGAAGCUGGAGAGUAAGAAGGAGGCCCUGCUCAUCUUGUCCAAGGAGCUGGACACAUGUCAGCAGGAGAGAGACCAGUACAAGCUGAUGGCCAACCAGCUGAGGGAACGUCACCAGACACUCAAGAAGAAGUACAGGGAGCUGAUUGAUGGUGAUCCUUCUUUGCCACCUGAGAAACGCAAUCAGGUGAACCUGGCUCAGCUGCUCAGAGACUCCAGGGAGCGAGGGAAAAAGCUUGCUGAGGAGGUGAAGGAGCUGACUCAGAGGCUGUCUGAGGCCCAGGGGGAUAACAAGCUUCUGAGGAUGACCAUCACCCGGCAGAGACUGGGGGACGAAGAGGUCGGGGCGCGCCACUUCCCAGCUCAUGAACGGGAGGACCUGGUUCGUCAGCUAGAGCGGGCAGGGCUACAGAUGGAGGAGAUGGAGCACAACAUGAAGGCCCUGACAGACGAGCUGCAGGACGUGAAGGCGGAGCGCACCGUGUUCAUGGAGAAGGCGGACCGGCUCAAUGUGGAGCUCAACCACAUCCUGGGCGGCCACGAGGCGCGCAUCAUCGACGUGGAUGCCCUGUGCAUGGAGAACAGGUAUUUGCAUGAGCGUUUCAACCAAGUGCAAGAGGAGGUGAACCUGCUCAAAUCAAACAUCAUGAAGUACAAGACAGCUCUUGAGAGGAGGAAAAAUUCCAACACGUAUGGCAAAUCAAAUAGCAGCGUGCUCACUGGGGUCCUCUCGGCCAAACAAGUCCAGGAGAUGCUGCUGGAGGAGCAGGGCUGCAGCCUGCCAGCCACGCCUCAGUCCAUCUCCGACCUCAAGUCGCUGGCCACGGCCCUGCUGGAGACCAUACAUGAGAAGAACCUGGUCAUCCAGCACCAGAGGCAUACCAACAGGAUUCUAGGAAACCGAGUAGCGGAGCUGGAGAGGAAGUUGAAGACUUUGGAGGUGUCGGGACUGUGGAGCCUUCCAGGGGCGCGAGACAAUAUCAUUUUGAAUGAAAGCCUGCAGCAGGAGCUUCAUCCGACACGUGCCACGCCUCAGCCAAACACACAGCCUAGAGUGCAGCCAUCCAAAGCUGUGUCAGACGACAGAACAGGAAGUUCACAAACAUCAUCGUGUCACACCGCCUGCAGCAACCUUGGCGCAGAUGGCAUCAGGAGGGAAGAUGCGCCUGCACCGUUCAACGGCCCAGAGCCUCCGGGGGGCGCGGAGACAAACGGGAUUGACAGGAGAGGAGCGGAGAUAGUGACCCUGACGGAAGAGCAGGCUGCCGUAGAGCUGGAGGAGGGGCGAAGUCCCGUGGAAGAGGCGGGGCGAGAGGUGGAGGGGGUGGAAGAUGAAGAACUGGGUUCCACUGUGGAGGAGGGGGAAGAGGCAGCGCUGGCACUGGAUGUCCCGCCGACUGAGUCUGACCUUCCGUGGCUUCCAGUUGUGCAAGAAUCCAUCGUUCACACUCAAGAUGUGGGUCAUGUGCCCUGCAAGUCCCAAGACAAGGGGUCAAAUAAUUUACCUGGACCUGAGGAAGCCUCAGACUCAAUUGCGUUACACACGGCCUCAGACUGCUCCACCACAGAGGAAUGGGACAUUCAUUGUCGAUCAGGACAGAGUGGCACCUGCCACAAUGACAACUUGGCAUAGUCUGACAUGAAAGACGCUGGCAGGUUAUUUAAAUCCUACUGCAAGUCCUUUUUUUUUUUUUUUUGUUAUUGAUGAUCGCAUUAUUCAUCCCUAGAAACAUUCUCACAACAGCUCACUAGCUCACUUUCUUAUUCAGGGCAGUUCUGUUUUUGGUCAAUAUAACAGAGAGAAAAUGCUUUUUCAGCCGCCAUCGACAGAGCUGGAGGUGCACUCUGCAUCGAGACAGGCUUGUUGCCGUGUGAGGACAGACAAUAUUGAAAUCAAUCCAGUUGCAAACUUCAUGCCCUACAGGAGGAAUUUAGCUAAGAAAAUAUCAAAUAUGGCAGCCUCGACUCCUCUGCCCCACAUUCCCUUCUUCCUUCCCCCUGCGAUAAGAUAAUCCCAAUUGUUUGCUUUCUUCUGCUUCCUAAGGGUAGUCAGUAAAUUGAGUGCUAUAUUUUGUGAUUACCCUUACAGGGGGUCCAAAUUGGCUUACCUAAACGUGUUAUGAAUGUGUCGUGAGGAAGUGUAAAUAGAUAAGAUUGUAGAGCCAGAGAUUGUAUUGAAAUCUGGUUUUCUCUAUGGAUUCUUACACUCACUAAUCACUCAUUUUCUCAUUUCCCCUCUAACAAGAAGUAUAUAUUCCCAUGAGACGACAUGUGCCUUAUAUAUGGAAAUAUUUAUCCUAAUAUUUAUACAUCUUUGAAUGAUAUAAUUGAAAUAAAGCUGCAGUAUUGGACAGA